CUUUACAUAGGCACGUCUCUCUCUCUUCUUCUUGAUGAGUCUGUCUAACAACAUAAUACAUCCCUAUUAAGCUUCUUCUUCUUCUUCUUCUUUUUGCCACUUCCCAACUCUCUCUCGCAAAGCUCGAAUGCAGUUUUUGAAACGUGAAGGGAAUUGAUGGAGAAGGUAUCUUCGGCAAUUGCAGUCCCAUAUAGACCAGGUAACUUGAUCCAUGAAGACUCAGCAGUAAAAACCCAAGUGGGAAUUACUGGCCUCAAGCUCAUAGCAAAUACAGCACCCUUGUUUUCCAAUCCCAAUACCAAGUCAAAUCCGCCUUGUGACUCGAUUUCUUGUGGAAAUGAAGGUGAUGGUGGAAACGAUCCACGGGAUCAAAACAGGGGAGCAGAAGCAGUUAUGUUGAAAACGGACAUGGAAAAUCAAGAUAAUCAGAUUUCCAUCCGAACCAAUAAACGGCGAAGUGAGGAACAAGAAUCCAAUCCAUGCUUUCGGUCUCGAGGGAGAGAAACUGGCAGAACAUGUGCUGAUGAAUUCUCAGCUCAAAGGAACAAAGAUAUUGAUGAAAGAAUUGGCAAGGCCAAUUCGAAAGAAUCCAAUAUUGCUGAAUUGGAAGAUGGACAAGAUAUCGUUGCAGUUGAUGGUAAAGAUAGCGAUGGAUCCGAUGAGUCUGAUGCAUAUACAUCAUCUACCUCGCUUGCUCAGGUUUCCCAGGAAAAGAGACUGUGUAGAACAAGAAGCCGAAAUGCUGUUGAAUCGGAUUGCAUACCCCUUUGGGGUUUCACAUCUAUUUGUGGAAGGAGACAGGAGAUGGAGGAUGCUGUUUCAGAUGUACCUAGACUUUUGCAAGUUCCUCUUCAUAUGCUAAUGGAGGACUGCCAAAACUUAAAUGGCAUAAGUCAUCACAACCGAACUCAGUUAAGCUCCCAUUUCUAUGGGGUCUUCGAUGGACAUGGGGGUUGUCAGGUUGCUAAUUAUUGUCAAGAACGAAUUCAUUCGGCCCUGGUGGAAGAGAUAGAAACUUCAAAAGCAGAUAAUAGUAAUGGGAACAGUUGGCAGGAGCUGUGGGAAAAGGCCUUCUCAAACUGUUUUUCGAAAGUUGAUGCUGAGGUUGGAGGAGCCCCCAGAGGCAGCAAUGGAAGCCGUAGUCUUCAACCUGUUGCACCAGAAACUGUAGGUUCUACAGCGGUGGUUGCUUUAGUAUGUCCAACCCAUAUCAUAGUGGCAAACUGUGGUGAUUCAAGGGCAGUUUUGUGUCGAGGAAAAUCGCCGGUGCCAUUGUCAGUAGACCACAAACCAGACAGAGAAGAUGAACAUGCAAGAGUAGAGGCAGCAGGAGGCAAGGUCAUACAGUGGAACGGUUCUCGUGUUUUUGGUGUUCUUGCAAUGUCAAGGUCCAUAGGUGACAGAUACUUGAAGCCAUGGAUAAUUCCAGAUCCAGAAGUAAUGUUUGUUCCUCGAGCAAAAGAAGAUGAGUGCCUUAUUCUGGCCAGUGAUGGCUUAUGGGAUGUAAUGAGUAAUGAAGAAGCCUGUGAUAUUGCCCGGAAGAGAAUCCUUGUGUGGCAUAAAAAGUAUGGUGACACCCUCUCAGCCGAAAGAGGUGACGGUGUCGAUCCUGCUGCUCAAUCUGCAGCAGAUUACCUCUCCAAGCUUGCUCUCCAUAAGGGAAGCAAAGACAAUAUCACUGUAAUAGUGGUAGACUUAAAGGCAAUAAGGAAAUUCAAGAGAAAGACUUGAAUUUCUUUCUUUAUUUCAGGUAUAUUUCCUCUUUUCUUUUGCUGCCCCACCCCCCCCAAAAAAAAAAAAAAAAAAAAAAUGUUUUUUCUGGAAUGCGUUAGCAUAAAGAAUAUAUACGUUUAGAAUCAUUGUAUGACACCGCCCGCCAUUUUUUCAACCGGGCUAAGUAUGAUCGUAAUACCCAAUGUAUACUGAAAAUUUGCAAUAUAUAACUGAUUACUUUCUUAUGAUUUA